UCCUCCUCCCAACGUUCCCAAACUCAGAUACGCACACACGAGCGAUCCGGGCAGCGGCGCAAAGAGGGGAAAAUUCAGCUCAGAAAAGGCGGCCGACGCCGAGAUUUCCUCCCACUACGUAGCUGUUUUGGUCUUUUAAGAUGUCCCACUCUGCGUUGCUCCCGCUGCUAUCCUGUUUAUGUAAUGGAGCAAACGCUUUAUUUUCUAUAUAAACGAGGAAAGGAAAUAACACUUACGGAACUUUGCGCACUUUCUUCACUAGACUGGGCUUCUGGCAAAGCAAGUCUACUUUGACGUGUUUUUUUUUUUUCUUUUUGUUUUUUCCCCUCGACGUUUCAGUGAGGUGUACCCGGCGCUUGCGCCGCUUUGAACGGGAGUCUGCCCUCGUGAGCGCCCGGUUCUGUGCUCGCGCAGCGGCGAAGGAUGCCAGCAUGCCCUCGCGGAUACUCCCCCAUGUGCUGCUCCUCUGGCUUGCGCUGCAGCGGCUGGCGCUGUGCACGGAGCGCGCGUCCACCCGGGAGCGCUUCAAAGUGGUCAUCGCUCCGCUCAUCUGCAAACGGACGUGUGUCAACGGGCAGUGCCAGGACACCUGCGAGCACGGCAACAACACGACGCUGAUCGGCGAGAACGGACGCUCCGCGGACACGCUCACCGGCCACGGCUUCAGAGUCGUGGUGUGUCCUCUCACCUGUGUAAAUGGGGGUGUGUGUAAUAACCGGACACACUGCCUGUGUCCACCGGGUUUCACCGGCCGUCUCUGCCAGUUCCCACUCCGCACUCAGGCCUCCCGCGGCAACAAGCAGCCUGUCUACAUCGUGCCUGUGGCGCCAGACGGGCCAGUUCUGUCUGAGUCGGGUGGUGCAGCUGGGCGUCAGCAGCUCACCCAGACACACUCAGUAUUCACACUGCCACUGACACCAGGGGGCGGACACCACUCUUCCGAAGUGCAGGUCAAUGUUCGUGUCCACCACACACCAGACACCUCUGUUGUCAUUCAUUCUCUUGACCAGUCAGAGAACAAGCCUCCCAAGACCCGCCUUCCUCCACAGAUACACAAGCCAAGGGGGAGGUGCUUUCAGGAGACCACACCCAAGCAAGCUUGUAGCAGCAACCCUCUCCCUGGGUUGACCAAUCAGGAGGACUGCUGUGGCAGUGUGGGUAAUUCUUGGGGCCAAAACAAAUGUUACAAAUGCCCCAAGCUGCCAUAUGCUGGGAAGCUGCAGACGAUAAUAGAGGAAUUUGGCUCCACGUGCCCUCAAGGUUAUAAAAGACUAAACAGAAGCCACUGCCAAGAUAUUAACGAGUGCAUGAUGCAGGGUGUUUGUCAGAAUGGUGAUUGUUUGAACACUCGGGGAAGCUUCCUUUGCACCUGCAAACAAGGAUACCUGUUGGACCGAACACGCUGCAUAGCGUCGCAGGUGGAGCAGGGCCCGUGUUACCUGAUUGUGACGGAGUCUGGCCGUUGUGAGCGCGCCCUCGCCACCAACCUGUCGCGCGAGAUCUGCUGCUGCACCGUGGGCAAGGCUUGGGGCAGAUCCUGCGAGAAGUGCCCGCAGGAUGGUACUGCCUCCUUCAGUAAGAUCUGUCCUGCAGGGAAGGGAAUGUCAUAUCUGCACUAUCGUGGCACUGUGUCCAUCCAACCUUUCCAGCCAAGUAUAGAGCAGAGCCCUGUCUUACCUAAAUCUGAACAGGAGAUCCGUCCCCCGGAAGGGCCUUUCCAGGUGACCACACCCAUGCAGCCGACACCAAUCAGUACGCAUGGUCCCCGCGUACCAGUUCUUGUUGCUAGGCCUACGACACACCCAAUAAUCCAUGUGCACCCAGGCAGUGAUCCUCUGGAGGCCCACACGCAGGUCUCGCAAAUGGAUGACUGCACAGUAAACCGAAACAUCUGUGGUCAUGGGGAGUGUAUAAACACACAGAAUGGCUUCAUCUGCCACUGUAAGGCCGGCUACCGCCCUCACGCCAAGCUAAAGAGCUGUGUAGACGAAAACGAGUGUGAGAGGGAGCCAUGUGGUCAGGGCAGGGGCACAUGCAUCAACACUGUCGGCUCCUACCGGUGCAACUGUCACCCUGGCAACAAGCUGGUGAUGUAUCAAGGGAAACGUCGCUGCGUGGACAUGAACGAGUGCUCCCAUCCGGACAUCUGCGGCAUGGGUGGUCACUGCAUCAACCUGCCUGGCACUUAUAAGUGUGAGUGCCUGACUGGCUUCAGGAGCAAGUCCCGCCGCCAGCCUGUGUGUGAGGAUAUUGAUGAGUGUUUGGACCCUAGUGUAUGUCCUGAUGGUCAAUGUGAGAAUACAAUUGGAUCAUAUGAGUGUAUAUGUCAGCCUGGAUACCAGGCACAAAGAGGAGUGUGUUAUGACGUGGACGAAUGCCAGAAGAGAGGAGUGUGUGUGAACGGUCGCUGUGAGAACUUGCCUGGGACGUACCGGUGUGUGUGUAAUGAGGGCUUCCGGCCUGAGGCUGACAGCAAGAUUUGCCGAGACAUUAAUGAGUGCCAGGACAACCGCCUGUGUGCUAACGGCCACUGCAUUAACACAGAGGGCUCGUUCCAGUGCCAGUGUUACCCAGGAUACCAGCCCACCCAGGAGGGCAGCCACUGUGAGGAUAUUAACGAGUGUGAGCGCAUUUCCAUCUGCCAGAGGGGGCGCUGCAUCAACACCAUGGGGUCCUACCGCUGCGAGUGCCAGGAAGGAUACAGGCUAGUCAACGGACGCAGAUGCCAAGACAAAGAUGAGUGUGAGGAGGACAGGACACUAUGCCAGCCUAAUGGAGUGUGUGAGAACAGGCAGGGGGGUUAUGUUUGUGUGUGCAAUGAGGGCUUCAUUCUAUCCGAGGACAAGCACAGCUGUGAGGAGGUGGAGCUGGAUCUGAACAAUAAGAAGGAGUGUUACCUGAACCUGGAUGACACGGUGUUCUGCGACAGCGUGCUGGCCACCAACGUCACCAAGCAGGAAUGCUGCUGCUCUGUGGGCGUGGGCUGGGGCGACCACUGCGAGAUCUACCCCUGCCCCGUCUACCACUCCGCGGAGUACCACUCCCUGUGUCCAGUGGGAAGAGGCUUUUACCAUGAGGAGGGCCCGACAGAGUAUGGCUUACCAGUACACAGAGAUAUAGAUGAGUGUGUGUUAUUCGCUAAUGAGAUCUGCAAGGAGGGCAGAUGCAUGAACACACAGCCAGGAUUUGAAUGUUACUGCCAGCAGGGCUUCUACUAUGACAGCAACCUCCUUGAGUGUAUAGAUGUGGAUGAGUGUCAUGAUGAAUCUCUCUGCACCAAUGGUCACUGUGUCAACACACGUGGAUCCUUCUACUGCAUCUGCAACGCACCCUGGACGCCAGAUGCCACUAACAACAAGUGUAUCUUCUCCGCAGUCACAGGUAUAAAUGAAUGCCAGAAUCCAUCUAACUGUAAAAAUGGACACUGUGUAGACACACAGGACUCCUACUAUUGUAUCUGCACGCCCCCCUGGACCCUGGCCACCGACCGCAACAGCUGUGUCACACCAGAGGAACAGGCCGUAAUGUCUGUGGUGACCCUUUCAGAUGUGAAUGAGUGUCUGGACCCGUCGUACUGCAGGAACGGGCGGUGUGUCAACACUCCCGGCUCCUUCCACUGCAUCUGCACUCAGCCGCUCACCUUCAGCGCGGCCCUCAAGCAGUGCGUCUACGACGACCGCACGGCAGCCCACAAGGAUGUGUGCUUUCAGGAGGUGGACGAGGACCUGAUGUGCAGUAUGCCACGUAACGGGCUAACGGUCACGUACUCCGAGUGCUGUUGCCACUACGGCCGCGGCUGGGGGCCCGAGUGUCGCACCUGCCCACAGAGGAACUCAGUCAUCUUUAACAGGCUAUGUGAGAUGCACCUGGAGACGGAGUCAGAUGGAGACGGAGACUUUUUAGUCGCUUUCUCCAAUUACAACCCAGAGCGUGAUAGUUCAGAGGAAGACUCGGAUGAGUGUAGCUGUGCUAAUGGCCGAUGUGUACGUUCAUACCUUGGUACCAUGUGUGAGUGUAACCCUGGCUUCAGACUGGACCAUUCACGAACGCGCUGUAUAGAUAUAGACGAGUGUGAACGGGGCAUGCGUGUGAACGCCUGUAAGAAUGCACGGUGUGUGAACACGAUGGGCUCCUACAAGUGCAACUGCAAACACGGCUUUGUCCCCACACGCAGACCCAACACGUGUGUGCCUGCACGGGCGUCGUAACACACACACACACACACGCACAGACCCAACACGUGUGCCUACAUGGGUGUUAGAACACACACAAACACAGACACAUACACAUGCGCACAAACACACCUCAUAAAAAUGGACGCAGAGCACUUAGACACACAAACAGUGGGUAGGCAUUCAUAUAUACACACACAGACACACACACUUCUCAUCUACUCUCCUAUAAUUUUCUGUGGUUGAUUAGUUUCUUGUCUUUUUCUAUUCUGAGCUUUCAGUUGAAAUACCACAAACUGUUUAUUGUGUUUAUAGUGACUGUUGUUAUUUUUAUGGAUGUGGGAAAAUCUAAUGUCUUUUAGUAAUGAGUCUCAUUCAUUGGGAUAUGUAGGGUACUAGUUGGGUACAAGUACUGAACAACUGAAAUAUUUUCAAACUUCUUAAUUUUCUUAAGAUGCCAUGAAAAUGACGCUCCAUAUAAUGUUUUGCUGAAAGCCUUAGCUCACUUUAUAACUGGGAGAGAAAGCAAUGUCUUUGUUGUUGUUGUUGUUGUUGUUUCAACACUGACAUUUUAUUUUACUUUUGAAACGUAUAUAUAUGCUUUGACCUGAGCGCGGGUCCAGAGUUGUGUGCUAUCCAUGGUUGUACUGCUCUCUAUCGGAGAGCUCUGUGCACAAAAUGUUUGCUACUUGUGGCCUAUCUUGGAGUCUCAUUUACAAGUAUGUUUAGAGCAUGGAGAUUGUGUGAAGUCAGCCGGCAAUUCAGUGAUUGGGUGAGAGCUCCAUCAUGCUACUGAACUGGAAAGCACAGACCGUUAUAAUGUGUGCCAAAUGUCCCAAAGGAUCAUGCUUUCGAGCAGUUUCCCUUGGGUAACAUUUAUCACCUAACCUCCCGAUGUGAUUAGUGAGAGGGCAGGUUCUGCGGUAAAAGAAAAAAAAAAUCCUUCUUGUCUGUCAUCAUAAAGUUCUUGUAAAUAUUUAUUCAUUUUUGGACUCUAGAGACGUGGGACAAACACUUAAAGCAUUCUUUCACAUCUAACACGCCUAUGUCCGAUUCGCCCACACGUAGGAUUUUGUAACUGCCUGAAUGUUUGCUGUGUUGAGGAGGUUGCAGUCUGAAAGUAGCUUUGGUACAAAGCAGACACAUGACUACACCCAAGAGGUCAAGUCAGGGGGCCUUUAGAAGACGUAUGGAUAGAUAUGCAAAUAAGAACACUUCUGUGGACCUCCCCUCAACGAUGGUUGGCCAGUACCGGACAGAGACUCAUUUCUACCAAAGAAUAGAACAAUAAAUCUGAGAUGAAAUCCAACCAACAAA